AUGCUUGCUUACUACAUUCACUUCGCGUUCAUCGCUUUGUUCAAUCACCUAGCCGCUGAAUCUACCUCAAUAAAAUGCAAUCCUGAUAUUGACCCUCAUAGACCUGUCCGCAAAGAGGAAUGUUUGAAAGCAAUCUCCCAAAUCGUCUACAACCCCGACAAUACCCUUGAUCUAGCGUCUAAGCUAGCAGAUUACACCUACGGAGAAUGCAAUAUAUCUAUCUACAAUGAAUUGGGUAGCCGCAUCACCAAGUCCGAAGUGGAAGCUCGUUUCAACGAGAUCCUUGAGAAAUGCCGAUACGAUGCUGGUGGUACCACCACUCAUAGCAAGGACCCGAUUUGGUUCUACACUGGCAUCCGGGCCCUCGGCGGGUUCCAGUCGUGGGACUCCGACUUUCCGGCCCGAUUGCCAACGUGUGCCAUCAACGAUGAUAAUGCAAAACCACUAACAAAGGACGACUGUAUGAAGGCACUUGACGCCGUCGCUACUGACUCCACCGGGCGGCUCUUAACCGAUGACUUUAAACUGACUGACUCGGUGGAAAAAACUUACAAAACAUGCACGAUCAACGUUUACACUUAUGAUUACUCGAUACUUGAAGUGUAG